CCGCCAGGCGGAAGCGGAAGGCGUGAGGGUCGCGUGCUGCCCGUGUCGCCAUGGAGCUCGGGCGGACCAAGUCUUCGGUUCUGCUGCGGAAGCGGAAGUCGGUGCUAUACCGGCCCGGGGAGGCCGCGGGGGCCCGCGGAGAGGGGGCCGCGGCUAUUUUGGGGGAAAACAUCUACCUGUGUCUGUUUUCCAUCACCUUGCGGCUAUUAAACUGCUUCUUAGUCCAGACAAGUUUUGUCCCAGAUGAAUACUGGCAGUCCCUUGAAGUUGCACAUCGCAUGGCCUUUGGUUAUGGCCAUUUGACCUGGGAAUGGACAGAAGGGCUGCGGAGCCACCUCUAUCCCCUGCUGUUUGCCAGCCUCUACAGGGUACUGCACCUGCUGUCCAAGGAUGACGUCCAGUUGCUGAUCUGGCUCCCGAGAAUCCUACAUGCCCUUCUGGCAGCACUUGUGGACGUGAAGCUGUACUCCCUGGUGAAGCGGCUGGAUGGUGCUGAGACAGCCAAGUGGGUGUACUUCUGCCAGAUGACUUCUUGGUUCACAUGGUACUGCUGCACCAGGACUCUAACCAACACCAUGGAAACAGUCCUCACCACCCUGGCUCUUUAUUACUACCCCUUGGAAGGCAAGAAGAUGGGGAGCAGCCUCCCCCACUUGGCCCUCGUGGCUCUCGCACUGACGAUCCGCCCGACAGCAGCCGUCCCGUGGGCCCCACUGCUACUCUGGCACUUUUGGAAGGCGCACAGGAAGUGGGAUCUUGUCCUUUACAGCUACAUCCCAGUGGGACUGAUCGCCCUGGGUGGCUCUUUACUAGUCGACCGAAUCUUUUUUGGCAAGUGGGUCGCAGUGCAGCUGAACUUCCUGAAGUUUAAUGCGCUGCAGAACGUGGCCUCCUUUUACGGGACCCACCCUUGGCACUGGUACGUGACGCAGGGCCUGCCGGUGGUCAUCGGCCCUCAUCUCCCCUUCUUCGUCCAUGGCUGCUUCCGGGCCCCGAAGAGGCAUCGCCUGUUCCUCGCUGUGGUGCUUUGGACAGUUGCUGUCUACAGUACACUGAGCCACAAAGAAUUCAGAUUUGUGUAUCCUGUGUUGCCCCUGUGCAUGACAUUUUGUGGGCAUUCCCUGAGCCAGCUGAGGCGGUGGAGGAAGGCGGCUGUCUCGUUCCUGGUGAUCUCCAACUCGCUGCUUGCACUCUACACGGGUUUGGUCCACCAGCGUGGAGCCCUCGAUGUCAUGGGCUACCUGCAAGGGCUCUGCAGCUCCUCCGUCCCGGAAGAGACAUCCGUCCUUAUGCUGAUGCCGUGCCAUUCAACUCCUCAUUACAGCCACGUUCAUUGCCGGCUGCAGCUGAGGUUCCUUCAGUGCCCUCCAGAUUUGAUGGGAAGGACGAAUUACCUUGAUGAAGCAGACUUGUUUUACUCCAGCCCCCUUCAGUGGCUCCAAGAAGAGUUUUCUAACACAACGCUGUUGCCUUCACACUUGGUCUUAUUCAGCACUCUCAAGCAGGAUAUAUCAUCAUUUCUGUCUUCAAAUGGUUAUGAAAAAGCCGCCACCUUCUUCCAUACCCAUCUGCCUCAAGGACGAACUGGAAGCUAUAUUUUUGUCUACAAAAGGAAUCAAAUGCCUUUUGAAAACAGAGGCAGUUAACUAUGGCGGCUGAACGUGUUUAGAGACCAGCAUGUGUGGCUCAUGAGACACAAGGGGAGGGAGUGAAACGCUGACCUUGUUUGCUCGGAGGCAAUCUAGCCGAACUUCAUGCGACUUGCACUGCAACCUGGAGAACACGGCAGCUGGCUGUACGGACGCACCCACCGGGACAAGGACGCACCCACCAUGGCGACGGAUGCCUUCUGUGACCCCCUUGCUGAAGGGGGCAAGACAAUUCGAAUGCAAGUUAGGACGCCAAUCGGAAAGCAGCAGACACAGCACACCAGCAGGUUCCGCCCUGGCACUAACACGAGAAUAAAUCAAUUUACCGAACAGACA